ACUUAUAUUUUCAAUUUUGAAUUUUAAUCAUUUUUAGCUCUACUGGCCAAAGGCCAGAAGAGCUUAUGCGAUGGUAAUGUGUAUGUAGUAUGUGCAUCCGUGCGUCCGUGCGGUCGUGCGUUCGUGCGUCUGUAAACAAUUGCUUGUGAACACGAUACAGUCUUCAGUUUUGAUUGUAUCUCGAUGAAACUUGUACAGUAUUUAGAUAUCCAUUAGAGCUGGGUUCCUUUCGAAAACCAGCCAGAUCCGCCCAUGCAUGCCUAGAUUAUGGCCCUUGAUAGUAUAAAAAAAUGCUAUUGUGUAAACAAUUGGUUGUAAACAAUUGGUUGUGAACACGAUACAGUCUUCAGUUUUUAUUGUAUCUCAAUGAAACUUUUACAGUAUCUAGAUAUCCAUUAGAGCUCGGUUCCUUUCAAAAACCAGCCAGAUCCGCCCAUGAAUGCCUAGAUUAUGGGCCAUGAAAGUUUUAAAGAAAUGCUCUCUAUUUUUAGCCAGGUCUGCAUGAGCGAAUUUUAUUUUUAGCCAAGUUUACAUGUACAUGUAAAUUCAAGUCUAGAGUUAAGGGAGACAAUUUGCAAGUCUAGGAUUUUGAGAGACAAUUUGCUUUUUGCUUCUGCAGCUGAUUUUGUCAAUUACUCUGCCUUGUUCUUGUUGAAAGCCCAAAGGCCAUUUUUUAGCUUUAAGUUCUGUAGUUUGCGCAUUCAUCUUAACAAAAUUGGUUGUGAAUGUUUAAGUUAUGCACCUGGUGUCAUUACUGGCCACACCCAGGGUUCACAGGUUUGGUAAACAUAAAUCUGGAAAGGUUUGAAAAUCUUUUUGUGUGUUCGUGCAUCCAUCUCAGCACAAUUGAUUGUGAAUGUUUGUUCAAAUUGAUCAAUGUUGUCCUAGGAUGCCCUUGACUUUGACCUUUUGACCAACUUUUUUUAACUUUUAAAACUACAGAAAUUUUUACUAUGAGUACAGUUUUGAAAGCAUUUUUUUUUUGUCAGAUGACUUUUACUUGGCACAUAUUAAAAUAGUUCAUGGAACUAAUCUGCUUACAAUACUUUCUGGGCUCAGAUGUUGAACGUGCUACGUUUUCAGGUAAGCCAAACACAAAACAUAAACCAUAUGUCUGUUGCCUUUUACCCAUACAUACAUGCUCUGGAUUGAUAUGACCACAAAGUAGAGCAUAGGCCCUUUUGGGCCUCUUGUUUAUUUAAGUAAUUGAUAAGAAAAAAUGUUUAUAAUAUGUAUAGGUUAGAGUUUAUUAAGUAAUUUCAUUGUAAAUAUUAUAAAUAAUAUUAUAUCAAUAAGUAACCUAAGGAAGCGGAGCGCAGCACAGCGACCAUGGUUUCUUAUUCACAAUGACAUUACUAAAUAAAUUUUAACUGACUUAGUGUUAGCCCCUUCCAAAUUGCAUCAGCUUUAAAAUAAAUCUGUGCGCCUGUCAAAAAGACCUGUCAAUCAAUGGAAGAUAUUGAGACGUCAUUUAAAUCAGCGUUGACACGAAAAUGAGCCUUUGCACAGGCCAACUGUAGGCGUUGCUAUAUGUGCAUGUGCAGUUAUAGGAAUUUACUUUAUCAUGAAGAGCCAUCUUCAGAAAUAAGUAAUGAUUCUUAACAAUUAAGAAACAAAACAUUUAAAAAAUCUAGUGCCCCUGAUUGGCUGACAAUGCAGGGCAAGCACUAAGUACACAUUGUGUAAGGUGUGUCCCUUUAACAUGGGAGUUGUUGAGAUAAAUGGCGAAGCAAGGCUGGAAAGUUAAAUGUUCACUCAGAUGCGCAAUCAAAUUGUAUAGAUAGACUUGGUCCUUUUUCUAAGGAUAGAAAUUUUAAAAUGAAGGAUACGUUGAUACCACUUAAAGGAAACAUUUUUUUGAGGGACCCUUCCCCUAAGCCAAAGCCAUAUUCUCCUCAAAAGACCGAGCGCAUAUUACGUAACCCUGUCACAUUAAGUGGAGGCAGCAGCAGCGGCAGCAACUAUGGCAGCACCGACAGCACCACCUCUGCCGUCAUCAGCAGAUACAAAUACUACAGCAGACUUGCACCACAUAGUGACAGCUCAUUUGUUAUGCCCCAUCAUGUGGUACCCAGCGUGUUCCUUAUCAGCAACAUAAAAAAGACUAGUGGUUCCCAGCCUAGCUGGGUCACGGUGUUUUCUCUGUGGAACACUAUGAUGGGAACGUCACUGCUCAGUAUGCCCUGGGCAAUUAACCAGGCUGGUUUUGCAGCAGGGAUUGCCUUCUUGCUGUUCAUGGCAGGGAUCAUGUUAUACACCAGCUACAGAAUACUCGACUCUGUUAAGGGCCUCAAGUCAACAUCAGAGGUCAUAGAGUUUUCGGACGUAUGUCGGGAGUAUCUGGGUCGAUGGGGGGAGUGGGUGGCUUGGGUGUCGUCUCUUCUCACUCUCCUUGGCGGCAUGAUUGUGUACUGGAUCCUUAUCUCCAACUUCCUCUACAACAUCGUCACAUUUAUAUAUCACCAUGCUAAGGGAGAUGAUACAGUCGCAUCAGGAAGCACAGAUCCAUUCUGCCCAUCAGACGACACCAACACCACAAAUACCACUGAUCAUACCCAUGAUGUUACAUUCAACAAGAUCUGGGAUGAACAGAAGACCGUUCCUUUUAUACUUAUCCUCAUCAUUAUGCCACUCAUUAACUUCAAAUCUCCAACUUUCUUCACGAAAUUUAAUGCUCUAGGGACUAUAUCUGUCACGUACCUCGUGUGUUUUGCUAUGAAGAAUGCAAUCAGCUGGGGAAUACACCUCGACUUUCAUGACACUGCCAGUCCUAGUUAUGUUUAUGAAUUCAAGUCCUCCUUCCCAGCAUUAACUGGAGUCGCUGCUCUUGCAUUUUUUGUGCAGAACUGUGUUCUGUCAAUAACAAGAGCCCAAAAAUACCCCGAAAAUAAUGUGCGUGACCUCAUACUUGCCUAUGUGUUGGUGGCUAUCACUUAUGUAUACAUGGGGGUGAUUGUCUACAUCACCUUCACAAUCGACAAAAACUGUAUCCAGGAUAACUUCCUCAACAACCUCAAGGACACAAAUGUGAUGGCAUUUGUCGCUCGUAUUGGCCUGUUUUUCCAGAUGAUCUGUGUCUUCCCGCUGCUUGUCUACAUCUUCAGACUUCAGUUCAUGAACACUUUGUUUGGAACUAUUUGGCCAGGGUUGAAACAAGUGUUCUCUCUCAAUGCUGUACUGCUAGUGAUCUGUAUACUGUUUGCAGUCUUUAUGCCUACCAUCGGCAAGAUCAUAGGGUUCGUUGGAGCUCUGUGUGGGUUUUCGUACGCCAUGGCCCUGCCCUGUCUGGUCUACAUGAAGAUUCGCCAAAAGAAAGGGACCCUUACCAAGCCAGUUAUUUUUGUACAUGUUGCAAUCAUAGUGUUGGGCUUUGCAAACUUCGUAGGCCAGUUUCUUAUACUCUGAUCACUCAGUGUUAGUGCAUUUACAUGGAGGGAGGGUAAAAAGCAAAAUGGUUCUAAGAGGGAUUGAAUAAAGACGGAAGAUGGAGCCUUUUUGCUUUCAUUCUUGACAUUGACUGUAGUCAUGAGAUUAAGCUAACUAACACGUUUUCAUUUCAUAUGCCUGUAUGUUGCAUCAAGCAUCUAGUCGAGAGAUUGUAAAACACCACAUGCACGUGUACUUGUACAUGUACAUGUUGCUUCUUGUACAUGUACUUGUAGGUGAAGUGUCUUGUACGUGUAGCUAUGUGUAAAUGUAAAAGUUGUCAUUAGCAAAAUCUCUCUUUCAACUUGUGCAUGAAGAUUCACAUAUAUCACUUUCCUUGUACAUUUGUUCAGGUCUUUGAACCCAUUUUAUGCCUGGAUGAAGUAAUGCACAAGAAGUCCAUACUCACACGUUUGCCAGACAAGUGAUGUUCCCCACCAACUCUAUUGUUAAAUGUAAAGCUUUGUUUAUUUGCUGCUAUUUUAGGCAACAACACUGCUUACUUUUGCAAGUUUAUGCUAUACACCUGUAUAUAUUAGAUCAUUAAGAAAAUAGGUACAUGUAUACUUUGUUUAUAACUUGGUAAACCUGGUAUGAAGUUUUUGACAUCUCUUCAUAUUUGCUAAAACUAUAAAUUAAGGCAUUGUUUUAAAGAUUCUGCAAGUUGAAUAGACAAAAUGCAUUGGUUUUUUGUUUAAAAAAGCUAUAAAAUUACCUACAGGUUUAGCAAUGCUAACUAGAAUUGUAAGUUAUCAUAGAUUUUUUUUGCCUUUUUAACAUCAGCAAAAUGACACCAACAACAUUACAAAAUGAUGUUAUCUUAACAUGCUGGGCUUAAUAUGCAAACAUAUAAAAAAAAUUGAAAAGGAACUGUAUGAUUGGUUUAAUUAUGCAACGGUUAUGAUGUGAAGUAAUACCUAACUCAGUAGUCAAAAUCUUAUUUAAAAAUAAAGAAAAAAACUAUAUUUACUUUAAAGCUGAAAUAUUAUUUAUUUUGGCACAUAUGAAAACAACAUUUGACAUGAGGUUGGGCCGUGUUGCUCUUCCACAACUAUUUAAAUAUAUUUCUACAUCAAGCAAAAUAAUAGUAAUUAAAAGAAAAUUUACAUAUAAAGAGAAAAGGCUCUGACAUUUCUGUACUAUGUAUAGAUAUAAUUUAAACCUCCAUGAAAAGUUUCAUGUACAGUGUCUACAUAUUUUUGAAUGGCUCAAGAUUAGAAGAGUAGAAUUGUGAUAAAAAAUAUAUAUGUUUAUUGAAAUUAUGGCUUGUGUGAUUUUCAUGUUACAGAUCAUCUUGUUGACACAUUACUCUUCAGACUUUGUAUUUCUAGUCUUGCUCACUGAAACAAAGCCAGUUUCUGUUGUGUCAAACGCAAUUCCUGUUAUUUCAUUUUGCGAUAUACAAAGCCAGUUUCUCUUAUUUUUUAUUUUGACAAGUUCAAAGCCAGUUUCUGUAAUUCCAUUUUGUCGGAAUCAUAAACAAGCAGCAUGAAAUCAUUCUUGUAAACGUCUGCUGUUCAAUUUUUCAUGAAAUGCCAUGUUGUCAUAUUCAUACUAGUGGAAGGACAUUUGCUAUUUAGUCUUUGUAAAUUUGCAGAAAUGAAGAAGUGAACGAUGUUUUUUACAAAUUGUCUUCUGAUCAAAAUGCACAAAAUAAUGUAUGUGAUAAUAUAUGCACCAUAAUGUUGCACAUGUUUAUGAUAUAUUCUUGUAUACACAGGAUUUUUCCCUCAUACUCAUUCUAAUUAUUUGAUUUCAUUGUGCUAAACGUUGUUAUAAAAAAUUAUAUUUUGAUUUUCUGUAUGCUCUUUAGUUUUCAUAUUGUUUCAUUUAUUAUGAUUACAUGACGUGAAAUGUGUUAGAGCAAGUUAUAAAAUGAAACUUUGUUAAAUAUAUAUUGUAUUCUGUUUAAACUUAUUAUAAAUAGGAAUAAUCCUCAAUUAGAAAUAAUACUUUUAAAGGUUGUAUACAAAUAUAUGUGAUUACAAUAUGUUGUUCAAUGUAUAUUUAAACCUAUUAUUUAUUAAAAGUAUGA